CAGCGUGUCCCGCAGAUCGCAGAGCGGUCCUAUAAGCGGCUCUCCAGCCGGCCUGCAGACAGUGAGCAUGUCGGCGCGCAGAGACAUGGACAUGAAGACACUCUGAGAGCAGAGGACUGAGCCGCGGACCAUCAGCGCAUUCCUGUCAAAGGGACAACUCGGAACUAACAUCAAACACUCCGAUCCGACAGAUUACCACUAAUCCUCUCGUUGAAGAACCACAGGAAACCCGUUUGCCACUUGCCAGUGCGCGUUUUGGUACUCGUGGUAACGUGAGGACAAAUGCUGUUUUUGAUCACUUAGCAUUGAUUUCAGUCAUUAUUGACUUGCUCCGUGCCACAGAACAGGACAGGAUUAUAAUUCCUCUUGGAUUUAAUCGAUUUUUCAUCGACCUAACUAUCCGUCACACCAAACUUCUCUUUACACAUCUGGAAAUUGCGCACGGAGAUGGCGCAAAGGUACGAUGAGCUGGCUCAUUACGGAGGCGCGAUGGACGGAGUCGGAGUCCCCACCUCCAUGUACGGAGACCCGCACGCCCCGCGGCCCCUGCCCCAGGUCCACCACCUGAACCACGGGCCGCCCCCGCACCCGACGCAGCAUUAUGGAGCCCACGCGCCGCACAACAUCAUGCCCAGCAGCAUAGGCAGCGCCGUCAACGACGCACUGAAGAGAGACAAGGACCAAAUCUACGGACACCCGUUAUUCCCUCUGCUGGCUCUGGUGUUCGAGAAGUGCGAGCUGGCGACCUGCACGCCCAGAGAACCCGGGGUGGCGGGGGGAGACGUCUGCUCCUCCGACUCCUUCAAUGAAGACAUAGCUGUGUUUGCAAAACAGAUCCGCGCAGAGAAACCUUUAUUUUCUUCCAAUCCGGAGCUGGAUAACUUGAUGAUUCAAGCGAUUCAAGUCCUACGAUUUCAUCUCCUCGAAUUAGAGAAGGUUCAUGAGCUGUGUGAUAACUUCUGCCACCGCUACAUCAGCUGCCUGAAAGGCAAAAUGCCCAUCGACCUGGUCAUAGAGGAGCGAGACGUCUGCAAGUCGGACUUCGACGAUCUCUCGGGGUCCUCCACGAACCUCGCAGAUCACAACCCAGCGUCCUGGAGAGACAUGGAUGACGCCCACUCCACGCCCUCUGUGGGCACCCCGGGACCGUCCAGUGGGGGACACGUCUCCCAGAGUGGAGACAACACCAGUGAACUCGGAGACGGCCUCGACAACAGCCUGGCAUCACCGGGCACGGGAGACGAGGAUGACCAGGACAAGAAGAGGCAGAAGAAACGAGGCAUCUUCCCCAAAGUGGCCACAAAUAUAAUGAGAGCAUGGCUCUUCCAGCACCUUACGCACCCGUACCCCUCAGAGGAACAGAAAAAGCAGUUAGCACAAGACACAGGCCUCACCAUCCUUCAAGUGAACAACUGGUUUAUCAAUGCAAGGAGGAGAAUAGUCCAGCCUAUGAUUGACCAGUCCAACAGAGCAGUGAGUCAGGGUACCGCUUACAGUCCAGAUGGCCAGCCAAUGGGAGGCUUCGUUCUUGAUGGGCAGCAGCACAUGGGUCUCCGACCUGGAGGGCCAAUGGGUGGCAUGGGUAUGAACAUGGGCAUGGAUGGCCAGUGGCACUACAUGUAAAUGCGCUGCACUGAGGCGAGCCUGAAAAACAGGGUGAAGCCUCCGUGGUGGGCUCAGGGAUCCUCUUCCAUCUGGCUGCGGUGCUCAGUGAGCUGCACGUCUAACCCCCCUGACCACUCCCCCUCACCUUGCUCGAGCCCGCACGGUGCGCGCGUGUACAGGAUCACCAUGGAAACGCCUAACCUCAGGACCAGAGGCCGCCUAACUUUGACUUUAAGCUGAACAGAGACUCGGUGUGAGCUGAGGAGGAGAGCAGCAGUGUGACACAUCUCCUCCUUUCUUUUAAAUUAUUUAUUUAUUUUUCUACCACGGGGAUCACGACUUUUCUCUCUCUUUUUUUAAGUAAAGCUUUACCCCCAAACCCCGAAACAUGCCCACCCCUCCGAUUGAAAUUGUACAAAGAAACACACACACACACACACACGCUCUCUCCUUUGUACGACAAAACGAAAAACACUGUGGAAUAUCUUUAAAAAUAGGAGGACUCGGCGAGUUUUAACUGUUGUGCUGUAUAGAUGUGUGCUCUUUGUUUGGCUGUUUCUAUCCAUGUAUGCGCUUGUGAUCACUAGACGUUAAAGUGAGCUUUUACCACUGAUGUGUUUUUUUUAAUUCCCAACUAAAACCAAGAUUUUUAAAGAAAAAAUCCUGUGAAUGUUUGUUUCUGUUCUCCAUGCACUGCAUCCCUGCCUUCUGUUUCUACUCCGCUGUGUUCUUAGAAGUUGGGACUGAAAGGACUUGCUGAAGGAACAUGACUUGAUUGAUUGAGUUCCAUUUUUUGACAAUGUUUGAAAUAAUUUUAUAGCACCAAAACACAGAGAAGAAGUCUGCACUAAACCAAAAUAAAGACUUCACUGAGGAAGACAAAAGA